GACGCCUGCGUGGCAGCUCGGGGACGGACGAGCCUUGAGAGAGAGGGAGAAAGAGUAGAGGCGGGGGUGCGCGCCUGUGUGCGCGUGCGCGGCGCUCGGGGAGCGAGAGCGGCAGGGAAGCGGCCCGGCAACAGGUCUCUUCUUGUUUCAGCAGAGCUGAAAGGCAAAGUCUGGAAUGUUACUAUGGAAGGACAACACAGUCAUCCACAUCAUCUGGGGGACCAGAACAACCCACUCUGCAAAGUGCCAAGCCAGGAAUACCAGAAUGAUGCCCAAAGGCAUCAGACUUCAUACCCAUAUCGCUGCACCUUGGCAGACUUUCAGAUAGAGAAGAAAAUUGGACGAGGACAAUUCAGUGAAGUCUACAAGGCUACUCUCCUCCUGGACAGGAAGCCAGUGGCAUUAAAGAAAGUACAGAUAUUUGAAAUGAUGGAUGCCAAGGCUAGACAAGAUUGCAUUAAAGAAAUAGACCUUUUGAAGCAACUGAACCACCCCAACAUAAUCAAGUAUUUGGAUUCAUUUAUUGAGGACAAUGAACUUAACAUUGUUUUGGAACUUGCUGAUGCCGGUGACCUAUCUCAGAUGAUUAAGUAUUUUAAAAAGCAGAAGCGGCUAAUCCCGGAACGGACGGUUUGGAAGUAUUUUGUGCAGUUGUGCAGCGCUGUUGAACACAUGCACUCCCGCCGGGUUAUGCACAGAGACAUAAAGCCAGCCAAUGUGUUCAUAACAGCCACCGGAGUUGUGAAACUUGGAGAUCUUGGACUGGGGCGCUUCUUUAGCUCUAAAACUACUGCCGCACAUUCCUUAGUGGGAACACCUUACUAUAUGUCCCCAGAGAGGAUACAUGAGAACGGCUAUAAUUUCAAAUCGGACAUCUGGUCUUUGGGCUGCUUAUUGUACGAGAUGGCAGCUCUCCAGAGUCCCUUCUAUGGCGAUAAAAUGAACCUGUUUUCGCUCUGCCAAAAGAUAGAGCAGUGUGAUUACCCGCCUCUUCCGACCGAACAUUAUUCAGACAAGUUGCGAGAGCUGGUUAGCAUGUGCAUAUACCCGGACCCGGACCAGCGACCUGACAUCGGUUAUGUGCACCAGCUUGCCAAACAGAUGCAUGUGUGGACGUCCAGCACUUGACCGCUAGGCUCCCCCGGAAAAGCCAUCCCCAGCGGUCGUCUUUCUUGAAAACCUUCCGUCUCGGACGAAACCCAGAGGUGCCUCGCCAAUUUAAAUGGGAGCGUCGAGCUUUUCCCCGGAAGACCCUUGCCAAUUUAAAUGGGAGAGUCGAGCUUUCCCCCGGGAGACCCUCGCCAAUUUAAUCGGGAGUGUCAAACUUUCUCCGGAAGACCCUCACCAAUUUAAACGGGAGCGUCAAGCUUUCCCCGGAAGACCCUCGCCAAUUGAAAUGGGAAUGUCUAGCUUUCCCUGGAAGACCCUUUCCAAUUUAAACGGGAGAUUCGAGCUUUCCCCGGAAGACCCUCGCCAUUUUAAACGGGCGAGUCUAACUUCCCCCCGGAACACCCUUGCCAAUUUAAACAGGAGUGUCGAGCUUUCCCCGGAAGACCCUUGCCAAUUUAAACGGGCGAGUCGAGCUUUUCUCUGGAGGACCCUUGCCAAUUUAAUCGGGAGUGUCUAGCUUUCCCCAGAAGACCCUCGCCAAUUCAAACAGGAGAGUCGAGCUUUUGCCCGGAAGACCCUCACCAAUUUAAACGGGAGAUUUGAGCUUUCCCUGGAAGACCCUCGCCAAUUUAAUCGGGAGUGUCGAACUUUUCCUGGAAGACCCUCGCCAAUUUAAACAGGAGAGUCAAGCUUUUCCCUGGAAGACCCUCGCCAAUUUAAUCGGAAGAUCCGAGCUUUCCCUGGAAGACCCUCGCCAAUUUAAACGGGAGAUUUGACCUUUCCCUGGAAGACCCUCGCCAAUUUAAACCGGAGAGUCGAACUUUUUCUCGGAGGACCCUCCGCGAUUUCUGCUGGCCGUUUGCAGGAUGGAUCCCGUCCCGAGUGAUGGCUGCUGCAAGUGUUGAUCUCUCCCUGAUCUCGAUCUCUUCCGAGAUCCUUUCUUAAAACCGUUGUGUGUAAUCUAGUUUAGGAAGGGUUUCUCAUUGGUGCAUUUGACACCCCCCCUCUCGUAUCUUAACUAAUGUGAACUGUUGAAAUGAUUCCUUUGGUGAAAUCACUUUAUACCAAUGUUGAUUUUAUGGCCUCUUUUUGCAAAACGGUUAAGAACUCCUCAACUGAAUUAAUUGCAGGGAGAGAGGCUUGUUUGGUACAGAGUCUGGAUAAAAUGCAAAUCAGAGGCGCUUAAGACGCCGAAACUCUGCUUGGUUACUCGGGAGUAAGUCCCA